AUGGGUGAGCAGCAAGAGGGCUCCGAGCUGCUGGAGGGCCCUGCCGUGGCCUUGCAGGGGCCCCUUCACCAGUUCCACAUGGGCCUUGGAUCCCGAGAUCAGCAACUUCCGCGAGGGCGCCAAGUCCCACAAUCCCUCGGACGUCGGCGUAACCCCGCCCCCAGCGCGCCUAUCCGCCCAGUGCACAGAGUCCGCAGCCUUGGAUUGGUCGCUGCGGUGCCCGCCUCCUCGAAGGGCGGGGCUGCGGCCCACGAGGAGGAGCGAGGAGCAGACCGGCGGGGGUCGCCGGGGCUCGCCCCGCCCUGCGGCAUGGAGGUGGCGGCGGCGGCGGCAGCGGCGGGCACUAGCUCGCCGGGAGGAGCGGAGGACGGCGGCGUCGUGAUCGCAGGCUCGCCGAUCCUGGAGGCUGGUGCCCAGGCGGAGGCAGCAGAACUGCUGCCCUUCUUGGCGCCGGGGGCGCGAGCGGACCUUCAGGCGGUGGCGGCGCGGCACGUGUUGGCGCUGACCGGAUCCGGGCCCGGCCGCGCGCUGCUAGCGGGGCAGGCGGCUCUGCUGCGGGCGCUGGCCGAACUGGCGGCUGCCCCGGCCCCAGCCCCGGCCUGCGACGCCGCCCGUGCGCUGGUGAACCUGGCAGCAGACCCGGGCCUGCACGAACCGCUGCUGGCGGCCGACCGCGGACUGCCUGCCCGCCUGCUGGGCCGCGCGUUGGAUCCACAGUGGCCCUGGGCGGACGAAGCGGCCGCCGCGCUAGCCAACCUCAGCCGCGAGUCGGAGCCGUGUGCCGCUGUGAUGGCGGUGCUGGCGGCGCCAGAGCCGGGGGAGCCCGUCCUGGAACGCCUGGUGCGCGCGCUGUGCACGCCCGGCUACAACGCCCGCGCGCCCCUGCAUUACUUGGGGCCGCUGCUCUCCAACCUCAGCCAGCGGCCGGCAGCGCGCGCCUUCCUGCUGGACCCAGACAGGUGCGUCAUCCAGCGGCUGCUGCCUCUUACCCAGUACCCAGACUCGUCGGUGCGCAGGGGCGGAGUGGUGGGGACGCUGCGGAACUGCUGCUUCGAGCACCGACACCACGAGUGGUUGCUAGGUUCGGAAGUGGAUAUUCUCCCGUUCUUGCUACUGCCUCUGGCGGGCCCUGAGGACUUCUCAGAGGAGGAGAUGGAGCGGCUGCCUGUGGACCUGCAGUACCUGCCUCCAGACAAGCAGCGUGAGCCCGAUGCCGACAUCAGAAAGAUGCUCAUUGAGGCCGUCAUGCUGCUGACAGCCACAGCGGCAGGUCGGCGGCAGGUACGGGACCAGGGCGCCUACCUGGUCCUUCGGGAGCUGCACAGCUGGGAGCCCGAGCCCGCCGUUCGGGUGACCUGUGAGAAGCUCAUCCAGGUGCUCAUUGGGGAUGAGCCGGAGUGUGGCAUGGGAAACCUGCUGGAGGUGCAGGUGCCCGAGGAGCUGGAGCACCGGCUACAGCAGCUGGACCGCCAGGAGCAGGAGCGGUGUGAGCAGGAGCGGCAGACGCCACAGCCACAGCGGCAGCGGCCUGCCUCCCCCUGA